AUGAUGGGAAAAUGUAAUUCCUUAUCACAAGCAUCAACAGAACCUGUAAAUAAUCAAACUUGCGAAAAAUCAGUAGCGGACCACCACAAGUCCAUAGAUCUGGAUAUCGAACAAGCACUUGCUGAAAACAGACAUGAUAUCUCCCCCGAGUUUUUCUGUAAUUCCCUUGCUGGGUCAAGUCCUCAUCUUAAUCUGAAAAGUACUGGUAGCACAAUAAUUCUCUGCCAUACAAGUGAUGAUGUUAUCCUGUCAAUUUUUCCUCUACUCUGCUACACAUUAUUGGUUUCCCUUGGCGGUUUAGUUUACGGAUACGAUAUUGGAACAGUUGGUGGAAUUGUGGAUAUACCUGCAUUUGUUAGAAAAUUCGGUGACCACUCAACAGCAAAUGGAGAUAAAGUUUUUAAGCCGAUAACAAAGGGGUGUUUGGUCAGUAUUGCAUGUUUGGGAGGGUUUGUUAGUGGUUUUGUCUCCAAUCAGACUAUACCUCUAAUUGGAAUGAGAUUUACUCUCUCAUUAGCAAUGCUGGUCUACAUGUUAGGGAUCAUAUUAGCAUUGAUAGCACCUACGUAUCAUGUGGUUAUUGUUAGUCGAUUGCUUAAUGGCUUGGCAGUUGGUAUUUCAACAGUCGCAUGUCCAAUGUACAUUAGUGAAAUUACGCCAGUAAAAUAUAGAGGUGUUUUGACUUGUUUCAACCAAUUGUUUACUACUAUUGGAAUCGUAAUUGGAUCAGUUACUAUGUAUUUUUCUGCCACUAGAUUUAAUUCAGACAAUAAUGCCCAAUUUCUGUAUCCUUUAUGCCAAGGUGGAUUUCUUUCGUUAUUAGCUGCAGCAUCCAUUUGGUUGGUACCCGAGUCACCACAAUGGUUAGCAAGGAAAGAAAACAAUGUUGAAAAAGUGAAAAAAGCGUUGAGUAGGUUGAACUAUUUGAACAUAAAUGAUGAAAAAGUGAUUGAUAAUACAGUAAAAUUGUACGAUAUUCAAGCAGUUAAUCGAUCCAACAUUGAGAUGAAUGGUAAAAGGGCCAGAUCAAUUAUAAGAGGUGAGCCCAAAUACCUUUUCAGGACAAUCAUCGGCAUUUUGAUUUAUGGGUUUCAGCAAUUUACUGGUAUUAAUUUUUUCUUUUUCUAUGGCUUAACCAUCUUCAAAGGCAUCCAGGUGAAGAGUCCCUAUCAAAUUCCUGUAAUGCUAGGUGUCAUUAAUUUAUUUUUUUCGAGUUUGUCGGUUUAUACAAUCUCGAAAUUUCCAAGGAGACACCUCCUCUUGUUUGGUUCUAUUUCCUUGAGUUCAUUGAUGGUGUGUUUUACAAUUGCUGGAGCAAUACUGAAAAAUAAAUUUGAUGUAACGGUGCCAUUGAUACUAAUAUCGUGCGCCUUUAUUGCAGUCUUUAGUAUCACUUGGGGCCCAAUAGCAUCAGUUGUAAUCUCCGAAAUGUACCCGUCCACCAUAAAGGUCAAGGCAAUGUCCAUAUGUGGCUCAUGUGCAUGGAUAUUCAACUUUAUGAUUUCACUUAUCAUCCCUACCUUGACAAAAUAUAUCGGGUUGGGAGUCGGAGGAGGUUUUGCUUUUGCUACAGUUUGCGGUGGGGUAUUUGUUUAUUUUUUUGUUCCGGAAACUAGAAAUACUACAACUACAGUACUAGAUUUCCAUUAUCAAGAAAAGGGCCGCCUUUAUCGAAGAUUGUGCAGAUAA